UCCUGCAUGACAGUACAAUCUGUACAACUGACUUGGGAUAUUACAGGCUGCUUUGGUCAUAUGAAAAGAUGAGAACUGUAUUCCCCUCCUGUUUGUUGAGUAAUUUGACAAGGAGGGUGGACUGUCAAACUGAAGUGCAACAAAUGCCACUCAACAUGGAGCCAAGAGAAAUGGGCAUUGAUGAAGGCAUGAGCCAAAGGACAUUGCAAGGAGAAGCCAAGGAGAAACAGAAACCAUGGCAAGUGCCAGUAAUGACUAAAACAUGCCAACAUACAUAUCCCUCCAGGGAAAUAAGAGAGAAGAGACCAUUACAGCUGAAGCAGAAAGUCUUUAUUGAGCGCAGGUCCUUGCUUGAUGAGCUUCUGGAAGUGCAACAUUUCCGCACCAUCUAUAACAUCUUUGUGGCCGUGCUCUGUAUCUUCGUUCUUAGGGCAGUUGUUGUGGAUUUCAUCGAUAAUGAACGCCUUGUCCUUGAUAUUGAAGUGCUCAUCUUUGCUUUUGGACGGUUACACAUGGCACUCUUGCCCUGGCUUGUUAUGUUCCUCUACACCUUAUUAGUGCCCUACAAGGUUCUACAAAUCUGGGCCCACUCCUUGGAGACGCUCCAGUGGCCCACCCUCGUCGCAGUAAUUGCAACAGCAGUGAUAGUUAUUGGCCAUGCUACUGUUUUGGGCUUGUAUCCUGUCUACACUGUCAUCUCACAGCCUUUUGGACCUGCCUCCUGUUUCAUCAUUAUUCUUGAACAGCUCCGGUUUCUCAUGAAAAUCCAUUCCUUCCUAAGGGAAACUGUGCCUCCCAUCCUUCGGGCCAGGUCAAAUGAUGGGAAGAUGGGCCUGCCUCCAUUCUCUACAUAUUUAUAUUUUCUCUUCUGCCCCACUUUGAUCUACAGGGAGAAUUACCCAAGGACACCCCAUGUUCGCUGGAGGUAUGUCAUUGAGAACUUCGCUAAGUUCUUUGGGUGCCUGUUUUAUGGAUCCAUGCUUUUCAAGUGCUUAUCUAUCCCUAUCUUCAGCACCAUGAAUAAGCAGCUCCUCACCUUCCGAAGUUUGGUGCUGUGUGUCUUCAAUGCAACAUUGCCAGCAUUAUAUUUGGUGCUGCUGAUGUUCUUCUGCUUCUUCCACUGCUGGCUUAAUGCCUUCGCUGAAAUGCUGCGCUUUGCUGACCGCGGUUUCUACAAGGACUGGUGGAACGCCACAUCUUUCCCUAUAUUUUUCCGGACCUGGAAUGUGGUAGUACAUGACUGGCUGUACUACUAUAUCUAUCAGGACCUCCUGUGGGUAUUUAAAGCAAAAGCCCAGUCUGUGGCUCUGCUGUCCACCUUUAUUAUUUCAGGUGUUGCCCAUGAAUAUGCCUUCACAUUGUGCUUUGGCUUCUUCUACCCAUUUACACUCCCAUUCUCGAUCGUUGUUGUCUUAGAAGGGAUGUUUUAUUCUACCUUCAGUCAUGGGAAUAAAAGUCCUAACUCGAACAUCCUAUUCUGGACAUACCUCCUGUUGGGUCUAGCACUUCAGUUCUGCCUGCAAUCCCUAGAGUGGUAUUCCCAAAUCCACUGUCCAGUCCCAAAGAGUACAUUCUGGACAAAAGUAACCACACAUUUUUGGUCCUGCUAUUCCUAGGCCAUAACAACCCCCAGCUGACCUUUUGGAAAGCUGUCUCUCCCCUGUACUCCUGCCUCCAUGUUGCUGAAAAAGACUCUCCUAGUAGAGAUACCUUGUAUGAUUCCUGUAAUGUAGAGGAAUACAUGUGAAGGUGUCCAGAAUUCUGGGCUAGAAAAUAUCUUGUUGACUUAAUCAUCAAAACACCAAGAGAAGCACCAGCGCUCAGCGGCAGAACACAUACAGAAGAUCUCAGGUGAAUUUAUCGUGUAUCCAAGGAUGACCAGGAAACAAAGUUGUUUGAAACACUGCUGAUCACAAAUGGGGAGAUGUGUAUAAAAAGGAUCCAUUAAGAAAAGUGAAUAAGAAAGGUGUAUGCUAAAACAUGUACAGAUCCGUAUCUGAAAAGAAAUCCAAGCCUCACAACUUGAGAUUAUACAAGGAUGGAAAAAAUCUUAAUUUUUUUUCUUUGAAAAAAUAAAUAUGAAAUGUAAUUUAUGAAAUAAAGUUUACAAAUAAAUUAACACCAUUUCAAAGUGCUGAUAGAAUAUAAAACAUAGAAUCUGGUCUCCAAAGUGAUUUUUUAAAAAAUUCUACCAAGUGCCUCAUUCUAUAUACAAUGCUGAGUACUUGGGAUUUGUCUUCUUGGGCCUGUUGAC